AUGUCAGUCGUCAGGACCCUGAUCGUGCCGGCCAUCAUCUCCCUCCUCCUGUUCCUCGUAUCGACUUACAUUCUCCUACCGCUCUGGCGCAAAUGGCGCAGUCGCUAUAGCCAAUACCUCCCCAUCGACACCAUAUCGACCUCGACUGUAUCAUUACGGCAUCGCGUGCAGAAUGGCAUCGCGAGACUAAUGGUGCCUAGCACUUGGAGGCGGAACGCUCACGAACGUCUCGUUGUCGCGACCGACGCUUCCGAGGAUGGCUUCAUGUCAGAAGAUGGAGAGGAGCUUGGAGAAGUAGGGGAAGAUACCCGGAGAGCCCUCACAGAAAAUGCUCGGCGAGACAGGCACGACAGCACGAGACGGUUGAGCAGAGACCUGGAAGAGGGCUUCAGAGACGAUAGUGACGAUGAAGAUGAUGGAGCUGGUAAUAGGCGAUAG